AUGUUGUCGUGCUUAGGUUCUUACCUUUCAAGGUUUUGUAAUAUUGAUUUUGGUCAAUCAGCGGACCUCGACGAUGUUGAUAUCCUUGCGAGAGAGACAGUGUUUCGCGUCAAUGAGAUUGAAGCUCUUUACGAGCUCUUUAAGAAGAUUAGUAGUGCAGGGAUUGGUGAUGGCUUAAUCAUGAACAGGAAAGAGUUUCAAUUGGCUAUAUACAACACAAAUGCGAAAGAAAACUUCUUUGCUGACAGAGUAUUUGACUUAUUUGACACAAAGCGUAAGGGAAUUUUGGGCUUUAAGGAAUUUGCUUGUGCACUUUCUAUUUUCCAUCCAAAUGCAGCUAUUGAUGAUAAGAUUGAGUUUUCUUUUCAACUAUAUGAUAUCAAGCAACAGGGUUUCAUUGAGAGACAAGAGGUAAAACAGAUGAUGCUUGUUGCUCUUGCUGAGACUAAUAUGAAACUUUCAGACAAUGUGAUAGAGAGCAUAAUUGACCAUACUUUUGAAGAAGCAGAUACCAAUCGCGAUGGAAAGAUUGAUAAGGAGGAAUGGAGAAGUUUAGUCUUGCGUAAUCCUUCACUUUUGCAGAAUAUGACUCUCCCAUAUCUCACGGACAUUACUACAAUGUUUCCGAGCUUUGUCUUUCACUCAAGAGUUGAGGACGACCUGAUUUGGGAUUGA